CGCGUGCAGGCGCGGGCCCGAGAGGGCCACGCGGGGCAACUUGUUAGCUGAAGGGGCCGGUCGGUCGGCCUAGGGAGGAGAGGGUCGGCGUCGUGAGGUUUUGUCUACACGAUGUCCAGCAAAGCUGAGAAGAAGAGGAAAGUGAGUGGCCGGGGAAGUGCUCGCCGGCGAGCCGCCCAGGCUGCGCUGGCCCCACAGGCCGAGGAGACCACCCCGCCGGCCAGCAGGGAGUCCCAGGCGGAGCCCGAGUCUCUCAAGGAGGAGCUUGAGUCCGUGUUGGAGGAACCUGAGAUACAGAAAGAAGUACUACAGGCGCCUGAAGUGGAUGUGAAGCCCCUUUUCCUGUCUCGAGCUGUGCUGACAGGACUGGCAGACGCCACGUGGACGGAGGAGCACAGUGCCACGCUGGAACACUUUGCCCAGGACCCUUCGGAGCCCAUCCUCACCAUCUUCAUCGACCCCUGCGUGGGGCUGAAGCUAGACCUAGGCAUGCCCGUGCAGACGCAGAACCAGAUUGUCUACUUCAUUCGCCAGGCCCCGGUGCCCAUCACUCCAGAGAACUUUGAGGCGACUGUGCAGUUUGGGACAGUGCGGGGCUCCUACGUCCCGGCCCUGCUUCGGCUGCUCAGCGGCGUCUUUGCCCCUCAGAUCUUUACAAACUCAACCUGGCCCGAGAGCAUCCGAAAUCAUUUUGCUUCUCACCUGCACAGGUUCCUGGCCUGCCUGACAGACACUCGGUACAAACUGGAGGGGCACACUGUCCUCUACAUCCCCACCGAGGCCGUGAACCUGAAGCCCGAGGCGGUGGUUAAGGACAAAGAGCUGGUGCAGCGGCUAGAGACUGCCAUGGUCCACUGGACGCGGCAGAUAAAGGAGGUGCUUAGCGCCCAGGAGUCUGUGGAGACGGGAGAAAACUUGGGCCCUUUGGAGGAGAUUGAGUUCUGGCGCAACCGCUGCACGGACCUGUCUGGCAUCAGUAAACAGCUGGUGAAGCCGGGAGUGAAACACAUCGAGUCCAUCCUGCGCCUUGCCAAGUCAUCCUACCUGGCGCCCUUUAUGAAGCUGGCCCAGCAGAUCCAGGAUGGCUCUCGUCAAGCACAGUCAAACCUGACUUUUUUGUCGAUCCUGAAGGAGCCUUAUCAGGAGCUGGCACACAUGCAGCCCAAGGACAUCGCCAGUAAACUCCCGAGGCUCAUCAGCCUCAUCCGCAUCAUCUGGGUCAACUCUCCCCACUACAACACUCGGGAGAGGCUGACCUCCCUCUUCCGGAAGAUGAGCAAUGAGAUCAUCCGCCUGUGCUGCCACGCCGUCUCCCUGGACCGGAUCUUUGAGGGCUAUGUCAUUUCUAGCAAGGAGGACCUGCAGGGCUGCAUCUCCUGUUGCCACGCCUGGAAAGACCACUACCUCCGGGCCGUGCAGAUGCACACCCAGUUCUCCAACCGGGGCUGGAUCCUCGACCAGACCAGCAUAUUUGCCCAGGUCGAUGCCUUUGUGCAGCGCUGCAAGGACCUCAUCGAGGUAUGUGACUGUCAGUACCAUUUCGCCCGCUGGGAAGAUGGCAAGCAAGGCCCCCUUCCCUGCUUCUUUGGAGCUCAGGGGCCCCAGAUAACGCGGAACUUGCUGGAGAUCGAGGACAUCUUUCAUAAAAACCUGCACGUGCUGCGAGCCGUGCGAGGUGGCAUCCUGGACGUCAAGAACACCUCUUGGCAUGAAGACUACAACAGGUUCCGGGCUGGAGUCAAGGACCUGGAGGUGAUGACUCAGAACUUGAUCACCUCCGCCUUCGAGCUCGUCCGCGACGUGGAGCACGGGGUGCUGCUGCUGGACACCUUCCACCGGCUCGCAGCCCGAGAGGCUAUCAAGCGGACAUACGACAAGAAGGCGGUGGAUCUCUACAUGCUGUUCAAUGGCGAGCUGGCCCUCGUGAACCGUGAGCUGAACAAGAAGUGGCCGUACCUGGAGCCCUACAUGGCCCAGCACUCCGGGCAGGCGCACUGGCUGCGGGUCCUGCGGCGCCGCAUCGACAGAGUCAUGAACUGUCUUUCCAACGCUCAUUUCCUGCCUCACAUCGGGACCGGAGAGGAGAGCGUACACACCUAUCAGCAGAUGGUCCAGGCCAUUGAUGAACUGGUUCGAAAAACCUUCCAAGACUGGACCUCAACGCUGGACAAGGACUGUGUUCGCCGGCUGGAUACGCCGUUGCUACGAAUCAGCCAGGAGAAGGCGGGCAUGCUGGACGUCAACUUUGACAAGUCCCUGCUGAUCCUCUUUGUGGAGAUUGACUACUGGGAGCGGCUGCUCUUCGAGACGCCCCAUUACGUGGUGAACGUUGCUGAGCGCUCCGAGGACCUGCGCAUCCUUCGAGAAAAUCUGCUGCUUGUCGCUCGGGACUACAAUAGGAUUAUUGCCAUGCUGUCCCCAGACGAGCAGGCCCUAUUCAAGGAACGUAUCCGGUUCCUGGAUAAGAAGAUCCACCCUGGGCUCAAGAAACUGCACUGGGCCUUGAAGGGGGCCAGUGCCUUCUUCAUCACAGAGUGCCGCAUACACGCCAGCAAGGUGCAGGCGAUUGUGAAUGAGUUCAAGGCGUCCACCCUGACCAUCGGCUGGCGGGCCCAGGAGAUCUCCGAGACACUGCUGGUCCGCAUUAGUGGCAAACGGGUGUACAGGGACCUGGAGUUUGAGGAGGACCAAAGAGAGCACCGGGCAGCUGUGCAGCAGAAGCUGAUGAGCCUGCACCAGGACGUGGUGGCCAUCAUGACCAACUCCUACGAGGUCUUCAAGAAUGAUGGCCCUGAGAUUCAGCAGCAGUGGCUGCUGUACACGAUCCGGCUGGACCGCAUGAUGGAGGAUGCCCUGCGCCUGAAUGUGAAGUGGUCGCUGCUGGAACUGUCCAAGGCCAUCAAUGGGGAUGGAAAGACCACCCCCAACCCACUCUUCCGAGUCCUUGUCAUUCUGAAGAAUGACAUGCAGGGAGGUGUGGCACAGGUGGAAUUCUCACCCACUCUGCAGACCUUGGCAAGUGUGGUCAAUGACAUUGGCAGCCACCUCUUCUCCACCAUCGCUGUCUUCCGCCACCUCCCUGAAAUUCUCAUCAAGCGCAAGUUUCAGCGUGACCCCAUCUGCACAAUCGUGGAGCGAGACGAGGACAUCAAGAAGAUCCAGGCCCAGAUCAGCAGCGGCAUGAGCAGCAACGCGGGCCUCCUGCAGAACUACCUCAAGACCUGGGACACGUACCGCGAGAUCUGGGAGAUCAACAAGGACUCUUUCAUUCGUCGCUACCAGCGCCUCAACCCCCCGGUCUCUUCCUUUGACGCCGACAUUGCCCGCUACACAGAGGUCGCUAACAACGUGCAGAAGGAGGAGACGGUCCUCAACAUCCAGUUUGUGCUCCUGGACUGCUCGCAGCUCAAGUUCUCGCUGGUGCAGCACUGCAACGAGUGGCAGAACAAGUUCACCACGCUGCUCAAGGAGAUGGCGGCCAGGCGCCUCCUGGAGCUGCACGCGUACCUGCAGGAGAACUCGGAGAAGAUCAGCCGCCCUCCCCAGACGCUGGAGGAACUGGGGGUCAGUUUGCAACUCAUGGAUACCCUGCAGCAUGACCUGCCCAACCUGGAGACCCAGAUCCCUCCCAUCCACGAGCAGUUCACCAUCCUCGAGAAGUACGAGGUGCCGGUUCAGGACAGCGUACUGGAGAUGCUGGACGGUCUCAACGGGGAGUGGGUCACUUUCCAACAAACCCUGUUGGACAGUGAACAGAUGCUGAAGAGACACAAGGAGAAAUUCAAGACAGGCCUUAUUCACUCAGCCGACGAUUUCAAGAAGAAAGCACACAAUCUUCUGGAAGAAUUUGAAGUCAAAGGCCCCUUCACCAGCCACGUGGGGCACCAGGCGGCGCUGGAGCAGAUCACCCACGUGCGGGCCAUGCUGAACGCCAUGCGGGAGGAAGAAAACCACCUCCGGGCCAACCUGGGCAUUUUCAAGAUCGAACAGCCAGCCUCCAAGGACCUGCAGAACUUGGAGAAGGAGCUGGACGCGCUGCAGCAGGUCUGGGAAAUCACCCGAGACUGGGAGGAAAACUGGAACCAGUGGAAGACGGGCCGGUUCCUGACACUGCAGACAGAGACCAUGGAGAGCAUGGCCCACGGCCUGUUCCGCCGCCUCGCCAGGCUGGCCAAGGAGUACAAGGACCGGAACUGGGAAAUUAUUGAGACCACCCGCUCGAAAAUAGAGCAAUUCAAGAGGACCAUGCCUCUCAUCUCGGACCUGCGAAACCCUGCCCUUCGAGAGCGGCACUGGGAUCAGGUCAGGGAUGAGGUCCGACGGGAGUUCAAUCAGGAAUCUGAAAGCUUCACCUUGGAGCAGAUCGUGGAGCUUGGGAUGGAUCAGCAUGUGGAGAAAAUCGGGGAGAUCUCUGCCUCAGCAACCAAAGAGCUGGCGAUAGAGUUGGCGUUACAGAACAUCGCCAAGACCUGGGAUGUGGUCCAGCUGGACAUAGUACCCUACAAGGAUAAGGGCCAUCACCGACUCAGGGGUACAGAAGAAGUAUUCCAGGCGCUGGAAGACAACCAGGUGGCGCUGUCUAACAUGAAGGCAUCUCGGUUUGUCAAGGCCUUCGAGAAGGAGGUGGACCACUGGGAACGCUGCCUCUCCCUCAUUUUGGAGGUUAUUGAGAUGGUGCUCACGGUGCAGCGUCAGUGGAUGUACCUGGAGAAUAUCUUCCUAGGAGAGGACAUCCGCAAGCAGCUGCCCAAUGAGUCGGGCUUAUUUGACCAAGUCAACAGCAACUGGAAAUCCAUCAUGGACCGGAUGAACAGGGACCCCAAUGCUCUCCGGAGCACCCACUAUCCAGGCCUCCUGGACACAUUGGUGGAGAUGAAUACGGUCCUGGAAGACAUCCAGAAGUCUCUGGAUAUGUACUUGGAGACCAAGCGGCAGAUCUUCCCCCGCUUCUACUUCUUGUCCAAUGACGACCUCCUGGAGAUUCUGGGCCAGUCCCGCAGCCCAGAGGCUGUGCAGCCACACCUCAAAAAAUGCUUCGACAACAUCAAACUGCUGCGGAUGCAGAAGGUCGGGGGGCCCAGCAGCAAGUGGGAAGCCGCGGGGAUGUUCUCGGGCGACGGCGAGUAUGUCGAUUUCCUCCACCCAGUCCUUCUCGAAGGGCCUGUGGAGGCCUGGCUUGGCGACGUGGAGCGGACCAUGCGGGCGACCCUCCGGGACCUUCUCCGAAACUGCCGCCUGGCCCUCAAGAAGUUUCUUAACAAGAGGGACAAGUGGGUGAAGGAGUGGGCUGGCCAGCUGGUGAUCACUGCCAGUCAGAUCCAGUGGACCGCAGAUGUCACCAAGUGCCUGCUGACAGCCAAGGAGCGGGGCGACAGGAAAAUCCUCAAGGUCAUGAAGAAGAAGCAGGUGUCUAUACUGAAUAAGUACUCAGAAGCUAUCAGGGGGAACCUGACCAAGAUCAUGCGCCUUAAAAUCGUGGCUCUGGUAACGAUCGAAGUCCACGCCCGGGACGUGCUGGAGAAGCUUUAUAAGAGUGGCCUCAUGGAUGUCAGCUCCUUCGACUGGCUCAGCCAGCUGCGCUUCUACUGGGAGAAGGAUCUCGACGACUGCAUGAUCCGCCAGACCAACACGCAGUUCCAGUAUGGCUAUGAGUAUCUGGGUAACUCGGGUCGGCUCGUCAUCACCCCCCUGACAGACAGGUGUUACAUGACACUGACCACAGCACUGCACCUGCAUCGAGGCGGCUCCCCUAAAGGUCCCGCAGGCACCGGCAAGACCGAGACCGUCAAGGACCUGGGCAAGGCCCUCGGCAUAUACGUCAUCGUGGUCAACUGCUCCGAGGGCCUGGACUAUAAAUCCAUGGGCCGGAUGUACUCAGGCCUGGCCCAGACGGGUGCCUGGGGCUGCUUUGAUGAGUUUAACCGCAUCAACGUGGAGGUGCUGUCGGUGGUGGCCCAGCAGAUCCUGUCCAUCCUCUCUGCCUUGGCCGCCGGCCUCACCCGCUUCUAUUUUGAGGGCUUUGAAAUAAAUCUGAUGUGGUCCUGUGGGAUCUUCAUCACCAUGAAUCCUGGCUAUGCUGGUCGCACGGAGCUUCCUGAUAAUCUUAAAUCCAUGUUCCGCCCAAUCGCCAUGGUGGUGCCUGAUUCUACCCUCAUUGCCGAGAUCAUCCUCUUUGGAGAAGGCUUUGGCAACUGCAAGGUCCUGGCCAAGAAGGUGUACACGCUGUACUCCCUGGCCGUGCAGCAGCUCUCCAGGCAGGACCACUAUGACUUCGGCCUUCGCGCCCUCACCUCCCUCCUGCGCUACGCGGGCAAGAAGCGCCGCCUGCAGCCGGGGCUGUCUGACGAAGAGGUUCUGCUGCUCUCGAUGAGAGACAUGAACAUCGCCAAGCUGACGUCAGCCGACGUGCCCCUGUUCAGCGCCAUCAUGCAAGAUCUGUUCCCCAGCGUCGAGCUCCCCGUCAUCGACUAUGGCAAGCUGCGGGAGACCAUCGAGCAGGAGACCCAGGACCUGGGCCUGCAGGCCUCCCCGUUCACCGUCACCAAGGUCCUCCAGCUGUAUGAGACCAAGAGCUCCCGCCACGCCACCAUGAUCGUGGGCUGCACCGGCAGCGGCAAGACGGCCUCGUGGCGAAUUCUUCUCUCCCUGUCGUCCCUGUGCCGCGCCGGAGACCCCAACUUCAACCUCGUUAAAGAGUUCCCCUUGAACCCUAAGGCGCUGUCCCUAGGGGAGCUGUACGGAGAGUAUGACCUCAACACCAAUGAAUGGACGGAUGGCGUCCUGUCCAGUGUCAUGCGGGCGGCAUGUGCAGAUGAGAAACCGGAUGAGAAGUGGAUCCUUUUCGAUGGCCCCGUGGACACCCUGUGGAUCGAGAGCAUGAACUCCGUCAUGGACGAUAACAAAGUGCUGACCCUCAUCAACGGCGAGCGCAUCGCCAUGCCCGAGCAGGUGUCUCUCCUGUUCGAAGUGGAGAACUUGGCAGUGGCGUCUCCAGCCACCGUGUCCCGCUGUGGCAUGGUGUACACUGACUACGCUGACCUGGGCUGGAAGCCCUAUGUCCAGUCGUGGCUGGAGAAGAGGCCAAAGGCGGAGGCAGAGCCCCUUCAACGCAUGUUCGAGAAGUUCAUCAACAGGAUGCUGAGCUUCAAGAAGGACAACUGCAACGAGCUGGUGCCCGUCCCGGAAUACAGUGGCAUCGUCUCCCUCUGCAAGCUGUACUCGGCCCUGGCCACGCCAGAGAACGGGAUGAACCCAGCGGACGGUGAGAACUUUGCCUCCAUGGUCGAGCUCAUGUUCGUGUUCAGCAUGAUCUGGUCCGUGUGCGCCGCCGUGGACGAGGAGGGCCGCAAGAGGAUCGACAGCUGCCUCCGCGAGAUGGAGGGCUCCUUCCCCAACAAGGACACAGUGUAUGAGUACUUUGUGGACCCCAAGAUGCGGAGUUGGGCAUCAUUUGAGGAUAAGCUCCCUAAGAGUUGGCGCUACCCUCCCAACUGCCCCUUCUACAAGAUCAUGGUGCCCACCGUCGACACAGUCCGCUACAACUACCUGGUGAGCGCGCUGGUGGCCAGCCAGAAGCCCGUCCUGCUGGUGGGUCCCGUGGGGACCGGAAAGACCUCCAUCGCCCAGAGUGUCCUGCAGUCCUUGCCCUCUAGCCAGUGGUCAGUGCUCACUGUCAACAUGUCUGCGCAGACCACAUCCAAUAACGUGCAGAGCAUCAUUGAGAGCAGGGUGGAGAAGAGAACCAAGGGGGUCUACGUGCCAUUUGGGGGCAAAAGCAUGAUCACCUUUAUGGAUGACCUCAACAUGCCGGCCAAGGACAUGUUCGGGUCCCAGCCGCCCCUGGAGCUGAUUCGCCUCUGGAUUGACUAUGGCUUCUGGUACGAUCGAACGAAGCAGACCAUCAAGUAUAUUCGAGACAUGUUCCUGAUGGCUGCCAUGGGCCCCCCCGGGGGCGGACGGACCGUCAUCUCCUCAAGGCUGCAGAGUCGCUUCAACAUCAUCAACAUGGCCUUCCCCACGGAGCCCCAGAUCAUCCGGAUAUUUGGCACCAUGAUCAACCAGAAGCUUCAGGACUUUGAGGAAGAGGUGAAGCCCAUUGGGAACGUGGUGACCGAGGCCACCUUGGACCUGUACAACACUGUGGUGCAGCGCUUCCUGCCCACGCCUGCCAAGAUCCACUACCUCUUCAACCUUCGAGACAUCUCCAAGGUGUUCCAGGGCAUGCUGAGAGCCAGCAAGGACUUCCACGACACCAAGGCCAGCAUCACUCGACUCUGGAUCCACGAAUGUUUCAGGGUUUUCUCUGACCGACUGGUUGAUGUGGCAGACACGGAAGCCUUCGUGGGCAUCAUAAGUGACAAACUCGGCUCCUUCUUUGACCUCACGUUUCAUAACCUUUGUCCCAACAAACGGUCUCCUAUCUUUGGGGACUUCCUGCGGGAGCCCAAGGUAUAUGAAGACCUGACCGAUCUGUCAGCGCUGAAGACAGCCAUGGAGACGGCGCUGCAUGAGUACAACCUGUCACCCGCUGUGGUGCCAAUGAAGCUGGUGCUUUUCCGAGAGGCUGUCGAACACAUCACACGCAUCGUGCGCGUCAUUGGACAGCCUCGGGGCAACAUGCUCUUGGUGGGCAUUGGAGGCAGCGGGCGCCAGAGCCUGGCCCGCUUGGCCUCAUCCAUCUGCGACUACAUCACCUUCCAGAUCGAGGUCACCAAACACUACCGGAAGCAGGAAUUCCGAGAAGAUAUCAAGCGUCUGUAUCGCCAGGCGGGGGUGGAGCUCAAGGCCACGUCCUUCCUCUUCGUGGACACCCAGAUCGCUGACCCCGUGUUCCUAGAGGACAUUAACAACAUCCUCAGCUCGGGCGAGGUCCCCAAUCUCUAUAAGACGGAUGAGUUUGAAGAGAUCCAGGCGCACAUCAUAGAACAGGCCCGGGCGGAGCAGGUGCCCGAGUCCUCGGACAGCCUCUUCGCCUACCUCAUUGAGCGCGUGCGCAACAACCUGCACAUCAUCCUCUGCCUCAGCCCCGUGGGCGACCCCUUCAGGAACUGGAUCCGCCAAUACCCAGCCUUGGUGAACUGCACAACCAUCAACUGGUUCUCAGAGUGGCCUCGCGAGGCCCUGCUGGAGGUGGCUGAGAAGUACCUGCUGGGAGCCGACCUGGGGACCCAGGAGAACAUCCACAGGAAGGUGGCCCAGAUCUUCGUCACAAUGCACUGGUCGGUGGCUCAGUAUUCCCAGAAGAUGCUGUUGGAACUUCGAAGACACAACUAUGUCACACCCACCAACUACCUGGAACUUGUGUCUGGAUAUAAAAAGUUGCUGGCAGAGAAGCGGCAGGAGCUGCUGGACCAGGCCAAUAAGCUGCGGACCGGGUUGUUUAAGAUCGAUGAAACCAGGGAAAAGGUGGAAGUGAUGUCGCUGGAGCUGGAGGAUGCCAAGAAAAAGGUGGCCGAGUUCCAGAAGCAGUGUGAGGAGUACCUGGUCAUCAUUGUGCAGCAGAAGCGGGAGGCGGAUGAGCAGCAGAAGGCCGUCACAGCCAAUAGUGAGAAGAUUGCGAUUGAGGAAGUCAAGUGCCAGGCCCUGGCUGACAAUGCCCAGAAGGAUCUAGAAGAGGCAUUGCCAGCCCUGGAAGAGGCCAUGCGGGCCCUGGAGUCUCUGAACAAGAAGGAUAUCGGAGAGAUCAAGUCUUACGGACGGCCGCCUGCCCAAGUGGAGAUGGUGUUGCAGGCAGUCAUGAUUCUCCGAGGCAAUGAGCCCACCUGGGCAGAGGCCAAGCGGCAGCUGGGGGAACAGAACUUCAUCAAGUCGCUGAUCAACUUCGAUAAAGACAAUAUCUCAGAUAAGGUGCUGAAGAAAAUCGGGGCCUACUGCGCCCAGCCCGACUUCCAGCCCGACAUCAUCGGCCGCGUGUCCCUGGCUGCCAAGUCCCUCUGCAUGUGGGUUCGGGCCAUGGAGCUGUACGGGCGGCUGUACCGGGUGGUGGAGCCCAAGCGCGUCCGCCUGAACGCUGCGUUGGCCCAGCUUCAGGAGAAGCAGGCAGCCCUGGCCGAGGCCCAGGAGAAGCUGCGCGAGGUGGCCGAGAAAUUGGAGAUGCUGAAAAAACAGUACGAUGAGAAGCUGGCCCAGAAGGAAGAGCUUCGCAAGAAGUCCGAGGAGAUGGAGACAAAGCUGGCACGAGCCGGGAUGCUGGUGUCUGGCUUGGCCGGCGAAAAGGCCCGAUGGGAGGAGACGGUGAAGGGCCUGGAGGAGGACCUGGGCUACCUGGUGGGAGACUGUCUGCUGGCCGCUGCCUUCCUGUCCUACAUGGGGCCCUUCCUGACCAACUACCGGGAUGAGAUCGUCAACCAGAUCUGGAUCAGGAAGAUCCGGGAGCUGCAGGUUCCUUGCUCACCCCGCUUCACCUUCGAUAACUUCCUGUCCAAUCCCACCAAAGUUCGCGACUGGAACAUCCAGGGCUUGCCCUCCGAUGCCUUCUCCACCGAGAAUGGCAUCAUCGUCACCCGUGGCAACAGGUGGGCGCUGAUGAUCGAUCCUCAGGCCCAGGCCCUGAAAUGGAUCAAGAACAUGGAAGGAAGCCAGGGCCUACAGAUCAUCGACCUGCAGAUGAGCGAUUACCUUCGAAUCCUGGAAGACGCCAUCCAGUUUGGACACCCAGUGCUGCUCCAGAACGUGCAGGAGUAUCUGGAUCCCACACUCAACCCUGUGCUCAACAAAUCCGUGGCUCGAAUUGGCGGCCGGCUGCUGAUGCGCAUUGGAGAUAAGGAGGUGGAAUACAAUACCAGCUUCCGUUUCUACAUCACCACCAAGCUCUCCAACCCGCACUACAGCCCAGAGACCUCCGCCAAGACCACCAUUGUCAACUUUGCCGUCAAAGAACAGGGCCUGGAGGCGCAGCUGCUGGGCAUUGUGGUCCGGAAGGAGCGGCCGGAGCUGGAGGAGCAGAAGGACUCACUCGUCAUCAAUAUCGCCGCUGGCAAGAGGAAGCUCAAAGAGCUAGAGGAUGAGAUCCUUCGGCUGCUCAAUGAGGCCACAGGCUCCCUGCUAGACGACGUGCAGCUGGUGAACGCCCUGCGGACCUCCAAGAUCACUGCCACCGAGGUGACGGAGCAGCUGGAGACCAGCGAAACCACGGAGAUCAACAUUGACCUGGCCCGCGAAGCCUACCGCCCCUGCGCCCAGCGGGCCUCCGUGCUGUUCUUCGUGCUCAACGACAUGGGCCGCAUCGACCCCAUGUACCAGUUCUCGCUGGAUGCCUACAUCAGCCUCUUUAUCCUCAGCAUUGAUAAGAGCCAUCGCAGCAACAAGCUGGAGGACCGCAUCGACUACCUGAACGAGUACCACACCUACGCUGUCUACAGGUACACCUGCCGCACCCUUUUUGAGCGCCACAAGCUGCUGUUCAGUUUUCAGAUGUGUGCCAAAAUCCUGGAGACCUCUGGCAAACUCAACAUGGACGAGUACAACUUCUUCCUACGUGGGGGUGUGGUCCUGGAUCGCGAGGGCCAAAUGGAUAACCCCUGUACCAGCUGGCUUGCAGAUGCCUACUGGGAUAACAUCACAGAGCUGGACAAACUGACCAACUUCCACGGGCUCAUGAACUCCUUUGAACAGUAUCCUCGUGACUGGCACCUGUGGUACACCAACGCCACCCCGGAGAAGGCUAUGCUGCCAGGUGAGUGGGAGAACGCCUGCAAUGAAAUGCAGCGGAUGCUGAUCGUUCGCUCCCUGCGCCAGGACCGCGUGGCCUUCUGCGUGACCUCCUUCAUCAUCUCCAACCUUGGCUCCCGCUUUGUUGAGCCGCCUGUGCUAAACAUGAAGUCGGUGAUGGAGGACUCAGCCCCACGGACGCCACUCGUGUUCAUUCUGUCCCCCGGUGUGGACCCCACCAGUGGCCUGCUCCAGCUGGCUGAGCACACAGGCAUGGCCCAGCGCUUCCACGCCCUCUCCCUGGGCCAGGGCCAGGCCCCCAUCGCUGCUCGACUUCUUCGAGAGGGUGUGAUUCAGGGACACUGGGUAUUCCUGGCCAACUGCCACCUGUCACUGUCGUGGAUGCCUAAUCUGGACAAACUGGUGGAACAGCUGCAGGUGGAGGACCCUCACCCUUCCUUCCGCCUCUGGCUCAGCUCCAGCCCCCACCCAGACUUCCCCAUCUCAAUCCUUCAGGCCAGCAUCAAGAUGACCACGGAGCCGCCAAAGGGCUUAAAAGCCAACAUGACCCGUCUUUACCAACUGAUGACAGAACCACAGUUUUCCCGCUGCUCCAAACCCGCCAAGUACAAGAAGCUGCUGUUUGCACUGUGCUUCUUUCAUUCUGUGUUACUUGAACGCAAAAAGUUCCUACAGCUUGGCUGGAACAUCAUCUACGGCUUCAACGACUCUGACUUUGAGGUGUCGGAGAACCUGCUGAGCCUGUACCUGGAUGAGUACGAGGAGACGCCCUGGGACGCGCUCAAGUACCUCAUCGCCGGCGUCAACUACGGCGGGCAUGUCACAGAUGACUGGGACCGGCGCCUGCUCACCACCUACAUCAAUGACUACUUCUGUGACCCGUCUCUGUCCACCCCCUCCUACCGGUUGUCAGUACUGGAGAACUAUUUCAUCCCCAAGGACGGGAGCCUGGCCUCCUACAAGGAGUACAUCAGCAUGCUGCCCAGCAUGGACCCCCCCGAGGCCUUUGGCCAGCACCCCAAUGCAGACGUGGCCUCGCAGAUCACGGAGGCGCGGACUCUCUUUGAGACCCUGCUUUCCCUGCAACCCCAGAUCACGCCCACCAGGGCGGGAGGCCAGAGCCGAGAAGAGAAGGUCCUUGAGCUGGCCGCUGACGUGAAACAGAAGAUUCCUGAAAUGAUCGACUAUGAGGGGACCCGAAAACUGCUGGCUCUGGACCCCUCCCCCCUCAAUGUGGUCCUUCUGCAGGAGAUCCAGAGAUACAACAAGCUUAUGGAGACCAUCCUGUUCUCACUGACGGACCUAGAAAAAGGCAUCCAGGGCCUCAUCGUCAUGUCUACGAGCCUGGAAGAGAUCUUCAAUUGCAUCUUUGAUGCCCACGUCCCUCCGCUCUGGGGAAAGGCAUAUCCCUCACAAAAGCCAUUGGCUUCAUGGACCCGGGACUUGGCUCUGCGUGUGGAACAGUUUGAGCUGUGGGCCAGCCGCGCACGGCCUCCUGUGAUCUUCUGGCUGUCAGGCUUCACCUUUCCCACCGGCUUCCUCACUGCUGUGCUGCAGUCUUCAGCUCGCCAAAACAAUAUUUCAGUGGACAGCCUCUCUUGGGAGUUUGUCGUCUCCACCGUGGACGACAGCAACCUAGUAUAUCCACCCAAGGACGGGGUCUGGGUUCGGGGCCUAUACCUGGAGGGUGCCGGCUGGGACCGGAAGAACUCCUGCUUGGUGGAGGCAGAGCCCAUGCAGCUUGUCUGCCUCAUGCCCACGAUCCACUUCCGACCUACAGAGAGCCGCAAGAAGAGUGCCAAGGGCAUGUACUCCUGUCCCUGCUAUUACUAUCCCAACCGGGCAGGCAGCUCAGACCGUGCAUCCUUUGUCAUUGGCAUCGACCUGCGCUCUGGGACCAUGCCGUCUGAUCACUGGAUCAAGAGGGGCACUGCUCUACUCAUGAGCCUGGACAGUUGAGAGGGCCUCCUCUUCUUCCUCGCUUGAGGGAGGGUCGAGGACGCUAGGAGCCAAGGCUGAGAACGCACCUCGGAUAGAGGCUGGACCGCACUCAGGCCUUGACCUUGGUUGAAUUUGUCUGUCCUGGGGACCUGGUAAUCCCUAGUUCUGCUUGCCAUGAAGGUGGAGGAAUCGUAUCGGAGUUCAGUGCAGUAAAACACCUCAGACCAC